AUGGCGGAGGGGGCCGGUGCGGGGCCGCGGCUGGCGGAGCUGCUGGCGGCGGGCCGGCGGCUCUGGGAGGAGGUGGAGACCGGCACCGAGCCGUCUUCGGGAGCCCCGGCCGUGCAGGAUAAGGUGCGGCAGGGGCUGGACGCCUUGCAGCGGGCGGCCGCCAUGGUGGCGCAGCUGGAUCUGUUCAGCGAGAACGAGGAGCUGGAGGAGAUCGCCUCGGCCGACCUGAAGUACCUGCUGCUGCCCGCCUUGCUGGGGGCCCUGACGCUGAAGCAGGUCGACCUGAGCAGGAGACUGGAGCACCUGGAGAGCGCUCGGGCCCACUUCUGGCGUUUCCUCAAGCUCUGCAGGAGCUACAGGCUGGGCAGCUUUCACCUGCCCCCCGCCGCCACCAGCCCCCCAGCAGAGGAAGAUGCUGGGAGCCCAUCCCCAGGGGGACCCGCUGCCACCCAGCCCAGCCUGGUGGCCAUGGCAUCGAGUAGGCAAGCCAAAAUCGAAAGAUAUAAGCAGAAGAAGGAGCUGGAGAACAGGUUGGCCUCUAUGAGAACCUUUGUGGAGAGCGGGCAAGCAGAUGAGGAUCAGAUACGGGAAUUUUACAUACUACAAAUCCAGAAAUGGAUCAACACUAGCCUGGAGGAAAUUGAGAGUAUUGACCAAGAAAUGGUCAUCUUGAGGAGCAGAGGUACAGCGAAACAGCCUUCAGCACCACCACACAGUACUUCUCGGCAAGUCAGGACUCCGUUGAAACCUUUCAUUCUUACCCGGGAUGCUGCUCAGGCUAAAGUGUUUGGUGCUGGAUAUCCCGGCCUGCCUACUAUGACUGUGGAUGACUGGUAUGAGCAGCGCAGAAGGCAAGGAGUUGUGUCUGGUCAGACUGUGCCACAGAGAACACCAGCAGGUAUAGCUGAUGAAGAGUUGCAGAAGCAGCAGCAGGAGAAAAAAGAGGAGGAGGAUGAUGAGGAAGCUCUUCAAAAAGCUCGGAACUGGGAUGACUGGAAAGAUACACACCCAAGAGGCUACGGCAACCGGCAGAAUGUGGGCUGAUGCUCUUGCUGCAGAGGGAGCAGGGCCUGGAAAUCCUGUAAGAAUUGCCUGUGUCCUGGAGAUAUAGGAGUAAAUACACUGUACAUAUGUGGAG